UCAACAAACAUAAAUCACACGUUCAUUUACCCUUGGCAAUUCUUUCAGAACAUCUUAUCUAAUUCAAGGCAAUGAUUUUGGGUCCUUAUUUUACAGGUUUGGUGGAUCAUAUAGUAAAAUCGGGUUAUGCAAAGCAAUUAAUCCAAGAAAGGGGCGAAAAUGGCAACACAACCUUGCAUAUAGAUGUUGCAAGGAACCGCGUGCAAAUAAUUCAGAAGUUAAUAGAUUUUGAGGGCGAAAUGUGUUACUGGGUUAAUGACAACCACGAAACUCCGCUUUGUGUGGCAGCGAAAUUGGGUCAUCUGGAAGCACUGCAAAUGUUGAUAAAUUGGAGGCCAGACUCUGCUGAGAUACAGAAUAGUUGUGGAAUGUCUGCCCAAGUUAGCCAAGUGCGAAUUGUUGAUCACCUGAAUAAUACGGUAGGCUUGUCAUACUUGGUGAACAAGGGAGUAGACAAGCCACAUCCGGAGGAAACGCCCCUGGGAAGUGGAGGAAGUACAGAUCCUGCCGAAAAAAAGGAUCAUUUUUUAAAGAUAAGUGAAGGAGACACGCCUCUGCAUAUCGCAGCCAGGAAAAAAAACUUGAAUAUGAUUAAUUCGUUGCUGCGUAUACGCGGGAUAAACACAUUUGCCGUUAACAAGAAAGGCUCAACGGCCCUCGACAUUCUAACUAGUUAUCCUUUCAAAGGCAAGCCUUUCCUGUACAGCGCUCCAAAGGUGAGCCCACAAAAGUAUGAGAAUGCCAUUAACAUGGUGAACAAAACAUAUGAUGACAGGCGCAACACAGAAUUAGUGGUGGCAGUGUUGUUAGCCACAAUGUCAUUUACGGCGGCUUUCACUGUUCCAGGCAGUUUCGUGACGGACGAUGGGAAUGGAAACGCGGACUCAAGGAUAAGAUCGGGAACUCCACCUGCGCCUGGAUUAGACUCAGUCAAGAGUUUAGGCUCGCCGAUUCUGCUAGGGUUGGACUCCUUCAAGCUAUUUCUCAUCUUUGAUUGCCUAGCAUUUUUUCUGUCCCUUUUCGUUGUGCUUUUGUGGCAGAUGAGUACGCCUAUCACCACGGGAAAUAAGAUAUUGUUCGUCUGUGCCACCAACCUAUUGGUUUGUGCCACUUUUUCCUUUACGGCCUAUGGCUUCAUGGCCGCAGUGUAUGCUAUGCUUGACCGCAUGGCUCACAAGCUGGCUUGGUUCAUUCUUGGGGCGUGCUUGAUCAUCUGCGGCUGUGGUAAUUUAACUUUUUUCUACAUGGCUGCAAAGUUUUCCGUCAGGAAAGCCAGAUUUAACUACCUCAAUGGCCUUGUUCCUUUUCUUCCUGACCUUGUGGGGGAGUGGGUGUGGAUGAAACUAGAAAGAUGGGGGCUUUUGGACUUGGUGCGCCGGUCCAAAAACAAGUGGCUUGCCAUCUUUUACUGCAAUAGCCACGAAAAAGAUAUGCCUCCUAGUAUCGAAGAUAAAGAACACUCGGCGAUGGAUAAGGUUUGA